ACAAAAGGAACAAAAACAACAUAUAACUUUUUAUGUUGUUAUUCAAGACAAAACAACGCAUAACCUGCAGGCUGCGAGUGCGAAGCACACGACUUCCAUGCGGAAUGUCUAACGAGCACGCGACCCUUCUGGAAACAACUUCAGUAGAUCACAUAUGGCCACACGUGCCCACAUCUCAUCUAUUGACGUGGCGACCCCUACACAAUCAUUUAUCAGCCUCAUCGGCUCAUCCUAAGUAACUACUCACACAUCAGUGUAACACGUUUCCUUUAUCACCGCUGACACCUAUUCUAGAUGCUGGACACGUGGCAAGAUGUUAUAACUUUUUAUGCCACGAUACCUUCUCCUUUUUUAAAGCGAACGUCUGAUCAAUCCAGACAGGCUUACUACUUUUCGGAAGAGAAAAAAGAACAGAAAAAAAAAAAGGGUCAAAAGAUCAGUUUUGUUCGCCACUAGUACUAGAGAGAGUAUUGCAUCGUAUCAUGGCUAUGGCCAUCGUAGAGGAACCUAUUACUUCCAGGCUUGAUCGUUUGGAUCAGAUGCUGAGGCACUUGGAGGAAAUUAGAGGGUGCAACGACAGAUCAUCGCCAAAGAGCUCUCGUGCAUCCAUAACGUCGAGCGGGACCGACGGACAUACAUCAUCUGUAGAUCUGUUCCCAAAGAGCAUAGAGAAGCACAGCCGUCCAAUGGAGCACGUGAUAAUUGAGACUGAAGUCAAAGGAACGCUCAUUGAAAGGCUUGAACUUGUAGAAGACCGCGUACUAAAGCUGUGUUUGCAGUUGGAGCAGCUAGAGGCAGAGAGGAAAAUCGAGGAGAAAAAUGAAAAGAAGACCCACGAGAAGGGAUUGAAGCAACUUAUCAAACAAUGUGUGAAGGGAGAAGCUGGAAAAUAUUAAAAAGCAAUGAGUAGUGAUUUUAUAAGAACGAGCGUUCACUUACUUUUCCCCUGUUGUAUGAUGUCUUUUUUUUUUUUUUUUUUUUUCCCCAAAAAUCAAUCUCCCAUUUUUAUGGAAAGAUUUUUGUGUGUGAACUGUGAAGUGAACAAGAAGACAAGUUUUUGAUAA